AUGUGAAGAAUGGAGAUGAAGUCGCACCUCAAAGAAAAGCGGAGCCCUCUUCAUCCAUCUUCUCCCUCCGCCACUCUUCCACUCCGAACCAAGCAUGCCUGCAAUAUGUCGAACAACCAACCCUUCCGAUGGCGCACCAUCAUCGAAGUGGCUGUCAUCUCAAUAGUCCUCUACAUCAUCGUCGGCGCCCCCGGCCUGCCCUUCAGCAUCUUCAAAUCGACGGGCGACAGCGAGCAGAAUGUGCCAGCAGCGCGGGCAAAAGUGGAAUCGCUCGUGCACCCCGAUCCAGGAUUGAAGUGUGCUACGCAUGACUUUGCCGUCCAUCUGCUCGACACGAAGCCGCUAGUAGUGUACAUCGAGGGCUUUUUGACGAACGAUGAAGCGCAGCAUCUCAUAGACAUCAGUGCCAACAAAUGGCAAGCGUCGACCGUGUUCAACGCCGGCGUGGAAACCCAAGACGACAGCGUGCGCAAGUCGGAAAAGGCGCUCAUUGAGAGAGACGAAGUGGUGCAGUGUGUGGAGCAGCGGGCGCUCGCGUUCCAAGGUUGGCCGCGCGAUACGUACAUCGAGCGCCUGUGGACGCAGCGUUAUAAUACCAGCGGCCACUACUCGUAUCAUUACGACUGGGCGAGUGGGAGCAAGUGGUCAAGGAGAGCGAGUACAUUCAUGGUUUACGUCGGGGAUGAGUGUACGGGCGGAGGGACGCAUUUUCCAAAACUGCAAAUGCCCACGGAUGAGCGGUGGUGUCGGUUUGUCGAGUGUGGUGGAGAUGGGGACGAGGGCGUCACGUUCAAGGCGAAGAAGGGCAAUGCGGUGUUUUGGAUGAAUUUUGAUGCGGAUGGGAGAGGGUAUGAAGAGACGAUUCAUGCUGGCAUGCCCGUGACGAGUGGGACGAAGGUUGGGCUGAACAUCUGGAGUUGGUACCAGCGGAGCUGAUGGAUAGACCAUCCUUUCACCCUGCCUGUAACGGAUGACAUGGCGAAAGGCUGACUUGGUCACGUGAGCUUGCCUUGUAGUGAUCGAGUAGAGCGACGAACAAGAAAUGGAGAACAACCGCAUCUGAUUGGCGUACA